AUGGCAGAUGCAAAGCCACUGGCCGUGUCAGAGCUCUCUCAAAUCACACCCCGAAGCGAUGCCAUGGCUUUUCCAGACCAGACGCCAGAGGCAGCGUCCUCGCCUGUGAUUGUGGGCAACCAUUCCGAUGCGCUCGAACUCAUGGAUCAAUCGCUCCACAUCAACAGUGGGACAGGUUCACUUGCCUUGAUGGAUGUUAGAAAUCACAUCGAUCACGCCUCUUUUGACAGUAUUGGCUUCCAAUUUCUAGCCGAAAAUCUUUCUUCCGGAUCGAGGCUCGGCACAGGCGCUCAAACAUACCCGACAACAAGCAUGAACCAGUGUCUCAAAGAGCUGUCAGACCUGAACGUCGAGUUACACGCGCAGUCGGCAGCGGUCUUGUCCAAGUCUGAUGAUACCUCGUUGACUCCUUAUAUCUGUCUGGACCCUGAGCAUAUAAAUGUGACCGCGCUCACACCUGUAGAGGCCUCUCUGAAUGCUAUCGAGAAGUUCUAUAGCAUUCUUGUCAUCCUUGAGAAAUUAUCUCCGAGCCAGCCAUCGCCAUACAACGCAGAAAGUGACGCGACCAUUUUCCCAACGCUGCUCGUGGAUGCCGAGCGAUGCGCACCAAUACAAGAGCUCGAAACUCCGUUGAUACUGGCCAUCAUUAGCUGCUAUGUACAGCUUGUCAAUAUCUUCCACGACUUUUUUGGGCGCGUCGACCGGCACAUCAAGCGAAUCAGGGAGAACCAAACCCUUGGAAAGCUCUUUCAACUUGGAACUUUCUCUGCCUUGGAUGGUCGGCUUCAGGGCCUCGUGUUUACGUCUAUGGUCUCUCACUACUUUGACCGCACCGAAAGAUUGUUGGGGAUUCUACCUGAAGACAGACCGCAGAGAGUACCAAUCCGGCAGGCACUCUUGUACCAGCCUUGUCAUCUGGAAUUGCUGCAACGAGAAUUGGCCAAGGGCGGAAUAGCUGGUAGCUGUGAUUCCACGCAGCUGAGAGAGGCAGUCGAGAACAUCCGCUGCACCUUAGUCGCUGAUCCUUCUUGGUAA